AUGCUGGACCAGUUGGGCCACAGGUCUGAUCCAGCAGGCUCUCUGCUUAUGCUCUGGUGCCUGGUGGAGGAGGUGACCCUGAGCAAGGCUGAUGUCUUGGGAGAAGCGUCCAGCCUCUUUUGGGUGCUUUGCCAGCUGCCCCCUGACCUGGGAGCUGUGCCUCUGUCUGGCCCUCCGUGCCUGAAGUCCCUGGCAGGGAGGCGGGGCGGAGGUUUGCCCGCCAAGCCGGACCCGGGCCAGCCUCAGUUGCUCGCGCGGGAAUGGGUCGAGCGGGGAGCGCGACGGAGGGGGCGCCUGCUGCGCGCGGGUCCCGCCGUCCGGCCGCGCCCCUCGGGGGGAUCCCCGGCUCCCGCACAAGCCCGAACUUGCCUCCGGGAGGCGGCGGAGGGGGCGGGGCUCGGUGACGUCAGGGCGGGGGCGGGGCCCGGCUCCGGGGCUGCGCUGCCGCUGCCCGCUCGCCUGGCAGAGAGACUCUGGCCGCCGCCGCCGCUCCAGCUCGCCGGGGUCGCUCUCCUGCCUCGCCCGCCGCCGCCACCGCCGCCGACGGAGCCCCUGCGCUGCCCCGAGACCCCCGCCCCGCCCCCGGAGGGUUCAUGCAGCUGCAACCCCGCCGAGCGCCAUGGCCAGACCACUGCAGGACGGGAGCCGCGCCGAGCCGACAGCAGCUGUGUCCAGGAGCCCAGCCUGCCCUGUGGGGGGGGCGCUGGCCCUGCCGCCCCCCUCUGCCGCGCGCCCCUCGCCUCGCCCCCCCGGCUGAACGGCCUCUGCCGCUGCGCGAUCGGACACGAGACCUUGCGGAUGCGCUCCGGGGCCACGCGAGGCGACGCGCCCGCCGCCGCCCCCCGCCCGGAGGAGCCCCCCGCCCAGCUCAGGACCCCCGCGCCCGGCCUGGAGAGAGCCAUCGGGGCGCGCCUGCGAGUCCUGGGAGACCAGUUCCAGCGCGAGUACGCGCACAGGGAGCAGCGCCGGCCGCAGGGCGCCCUCUGGGGCCACGUCUCCCACUUCGUCUUCCAGCUACUGGGCAUCUUGUACAACCUGCCGGCGGAGGGCCUGGCCGGCCUGCGCCCCAACUAGCCGCCGCUGCCCGAAGCGCCUCCUCCUCGUGGUCCUCCUGCUGGCCAGGGGGGAACCCAGCCGGGACUGGAGCCGCCCCCCCGCGCCGCCCCGCCGGGGCCCGUGAGCGAGGGGGGCGCGCAGGGCUGCUUCCUUCUGCCCCCAGCCCAGCAGUGCCUUAAGGAGAGCUGCUCAGCUGGGACGCCAAGCAAGUUAGCACUAUGUCAAUACUGUUCAAUGGAGCCUGUACAGAGGGGGGGGGGCGGGAGGAGGGGGGAGACAAUUGCACAGGGCCCGGUUUCCUUCUGGGGGCGGGCCAAGCUGUAAAUAGGGGGCGUGGCCAUCUUGUACAUAGGGGGCAGGGGGGGGCUGUACAGCGGAAGCUGCUGUGUGUAUAUACAUCCUGUGGACAAUCUAGAACUUGUACAGGAGAACUUGGUGCUGCCUGUAGAUA